AUUAAAUAAUAAAUUCUUUAAAAUUAAAUAAAACAUUACAAAUAUAACUUUAUUUAUAUAAAUUUUGAAAUUAUAAUUAAUAUUAUUGUUUUCGUACAAGCGUUAUGUUUUCUUUUCAACUGGUUAUAAAAUAUAGCCUUAAAUCUUGAAAUAAAUACAAGUAAGACUCGACUUAUAAGUAUAAACCAGAUUUCUUAACGAGUUUAAAGUUUAAAUGCAGAAUGAAGAAUUAUAUUGGACCAUACCUCGUUUUCAUGUUGUCGUUUUUAAAAGUAAGCAAUAGCUGUGACAAUGGUUGGUUAGAGUAUAAAACCUUUUGUUACUUUUUUCAAAAUAAAACUUUACAAGCAAAAAAUUGGAGAGAUGCCUCAUUAUCAUGUCAGGCUUUGGGUGGACAUUUGUUAAGUAUUGAGGAUCAAGCUGAAAAUUUUUUUAUUUUAAACUUUCUUAAAGAUAACAGCAUGCAACAAGACAAUUACUGGAUUGGACUCAAUGAUGCGAGCAAUAACAGAGAGUUUAGGUGGUCAGAUGACAAAAUUCCACAGUUCUUUAAUUGGUUACCGAAAAAACCUAAUAAUGACCAAUCAGAACAAAACUGUGUGGAAACAAAUAGUAUGGGUUGGAAUGAUGAAAAUUGUGAUGCCCUUUACGGAUUUAUUUGUAAAGUUACAAAAGAAAACAAUGAUUUAUGUGAAGAUGGUUGGUUGAAUUAUAAAAACUAUUGCUAUUUUUUCCAAGACAAAAAUGAUCAUUUUUAUGGUAGUAGUUGGAAAGAUUCUUAUUUAUCAUGUCGUUUUAAAGGAGGAAACUUGUUAAGUAUAGAAGAUCAAGAAGAAAAUUUAUUUAUCACAAGUGUUUUAGAAAAUCAUAGUAGUACUUUUUGGAUUGGUCUUAACUAUCUUGUGAGUUAUAAGAAAUUUGUCUGGUCUGAUAACUCUAUCUGGAAUCCAAAAAUACUAUUUGAAAAUACAUUUAAUCAAUCGAGUGAUUUUUCAAUGUCAGAACAAAGAUGUGUGGUAAUAAAUACUUUAAGUUGGAAUAUUCAAAAUUGCGAUAAUAGAUAUGGAUACAUUUGUAAAGUUAAAAGAGAAAAAAAUAAAAGCUGUAAUGAAAAUUGGUUUCAAUAUGGUAUGAAUUGCUACUACUUUCAAAAUACAAAUAAUACAACUAGCAGAACUUGGAAAUGGGCGUAUAUAGGUUGCCUUGAAAAAGGAGGAAAUUUGUUAAGCAUAGAAGAUAAAGCAGAAAAUGCAUUUAUUUCAAACAUUCUAAAAAAUUACAGUUCGUCUACAGAUAAUUACUGGAUUGGUCUUACUGAUAAUUGGUAUAACAACUGGUUUCUGUGGUCUGAUAAUACGUAUAUACAGUAUUCAAAUUUCAAAGAGUUACUUGAUAAAAAAAAAGAGAUUUGUGUAAUAGUAACCAAAUCGGAAUGGAAAACAGAGAAUUGUUACAUUUCGCAUGACUUUAUUUGUAAAGUUAAAAAAGCAACCAAUGCAAAUUGCGCUGAAGGUUGGAAAGGUUAUGCAAACUAUUGCUACUUUAUUUACAUUAGAGAUGGUUCUAAUGAAGUUGAUUGGUUUACCUCUUUCUCAUCUUGCCAGAAUAUUGGAGGGAAUCUGCUAAGUAUUGAAAAUCAAGAGGAAAAUCAAUUUAUUCAAAAUAAGUUAAUCAAAGUUAAUGGUAGUUAUUGGAUAGGCCUCAAUAAAGUACUGAAUUUUUACAUUAAACCAAACAAAAGAUUUGAAUGGUCUGAUAAUUCAUACACCCAGUUCUUCAAUUGGAAUAAAAAUCAACCAGACAAUAUUGAUGAUGUUGAAAGUUGUGUAGAAAUGAAUUACAACGGUUGGAGUGAUAAUGAAUGUAAAGUUCUAAAUGGGUUUAUUUGUAAAACUAAAAAAGUGUAUUUAGAUUAUGUUAACCAAAGAGAAGAACUUUACCUGACCCAAGGUUUUACUUUUGGAACACUUAAUGUGUUGAAAAAAGAGUACACUAUUUCAUUUAAUUUGAAACCAAUGAGUUAUUCAAAGGGUAUGAAAAAUGUUCUUCAGCUAGUCUCGAAUAAUAACAGUCGAGAAUAUAAUGAGAAAGUCCUAGGUGUUUGGUUUCAAGAAGAUGGUUCCGGAAGACUUGUCAUUUAUGCAGCAGUUAAUGGUAAUACUAGAUACUCUGUUAAAACAUUUCCUCUAACCUUGAGUCAAUGGUCAAACAUAAAAAUAUACCAGUGGCUGUUUGGCAUUAAGUAUUGGUUUGCCAUUGAUAUAAAUGGGAUUAAUAUCCAUCGAGAAGAAAAUUUUUUAGCUUCACAUUUUAAUGAGAUACAAAUUUAUACUUCAAAUCUGUGGGAUGAUGCACAAAACGGAUCAAUAUCUGACUUUUUGAUUAUUAAUGGCAAAGCAAAAUAUAUUAUUGAGACAAACAAUAUUCCAUUAUCAAAAGGAAAGAUCAUUACUCAAAUUCCAAAGCUAAGUAAAGAAUAUCGAUUGUCUUUUGAUUUUAAACCCAUGGCGUUUGGGAUUGGUCUGCACAAUAUUAUUUAUAUUACUGCUGGAGCUCCUUUAUUUAAAUAUGGUAGUGAAACUUUAAGCAUCUGGCUGGAUGAAGAAGGGAAAGGAAGAAUUAAAAUUGUGGCUUUAAUUAAUCAAAAAAAAAGUUUUUAUUAUCAUCCUAUUCAAUUAAUUAGGUGGUCAAAUAUUGAAGUUUGUCAAAGUUUUAAUAACUUUUUUUAUGUAUUCACAAUAAGAAUAAAUGGAUUUGUUGUCUUUUCUAUGCCUAACAAUCAAACUAUGGAUUUCAUUGAUGUUAAAGUUUAUGCUUCAAAUCCAUGGGACAAAGUUCAGAAUGGCACAAUAAAAAAUUUCUUUAUUGUCAAUGACAUUCCAAAUCUUGAAGUUGAAUCUUCAGAUGUUCUUGUUAAAGACAAAACGUUAGUAAUCUCUGCUGCAGUAUUAGCUCCUGUGUUAGUAAUUCUAUUUGCAGUUUUUUUUGUUAUUACUGUUUUAAGAAUCCGUAGAAAGAAAUCUAUGAACCUAAAUCCUGACUGCAUUGAAUAUCAAAUGAUGAUGUUAACACCAGAUGAAUGGGAAAUUUUUCCGGAAGAUAUUACUUUAGAUAAAAAAAUUGGGGAAGGGGCAUUUGGUACUGUUUUUAUUGCAAGACUUAGUUCUUCUGUUCUUUUAAAAAGAAAGAAAAUGAAACAGAAAUCUAAUCAAUCUUCUGUCAUAUCUUCUCAUGAUAUUUCAGAAAACACUUUUAGAGUUGCUGUGAAACUUGUAAAAGAUUCUGCUGAUCCAUCAGAACUCAGUGAUUUUGCUGAAGAAAUGAAUCUGAUGAAAGAAAUUGGGUACCAUAAGAAUAUUGUUAAUUUAAUUGGUUGCUCAACACUUAAAAAACCAUUGUGUUUAAUUGUUGAGUAUAUGGAACAUGGAGAUUUGUUGAACUUUUUGAGAAAAAUUCGAAGAAACUUUUGUGCUUCAAAAAUUGAUGGAAAAUCGUCUGUAAACUUUAUGUAUACACAAGGAUAUCAACAAACUCUAAAGACAACAACUACAACAGCAAAAACAGAUUUUUGUUUGGGGGUUAUGCCUAAUAAUUAUCCAUUAGAUGAAAAUGGGGUGAUAACACCUGAUGAUUUGCUUAGUUUUGCAUGGCAAGUGGCAUCAGGAAUGGAAUUUUUAUCGUGUUCUAAAUUAGUUCAUCGAGAUCUGGCUGCAAGAAAUAUCUUGGUCGGAGCUGGAAAAAAAGUAAAAAUAUCUGACUUUGGUCUAACUCGAAAAAUUAAUGAUGAAUUAAACUACAUGAGCAAGAAAAAACGUCGUUUACCGGUCAAGUGGAUGUCAGUUGAAGCCAUAUUUGAUCAGCUGUUUACAUCAUUUAGCGAUGUGUGGGCAUAUGGUGUUGUUUUGUUUGAAAUCAUUACUUUGGGAGGUACACCUUAUCCUACUAUAAGUAACCGAGAACUUCUCCCUCUUUUAAAAUCUGGUUACCGAAUGGAUAAACCUGAAAACUGUUCUGAAGCAAUGUACUCUAUUAUGUUGCAAUGUUGGAAUGAGGAUCCAUUACAACGCCCUACCUUUACAACAUUGCGUGAGUAUUUUGAUAAAGUAAUAUCUCAAGGUGAUUGUUAUCUCAAUUUUGACUUCGACGAAAAUACUGCGCCGUCGUUUUUGGCGGAUGAAACAGAUAAUGAUGAUGAUAAUACAAUGGAAGACACGGUUUUUCUAAAGCCUUUUUAUGUAAAGUAAACUGAAGAAUUAAAAAAAACUUUGCGAUAAAUCCAUCCCUCCAUUAAACAAUAGAAUUACAAAUCAAAUAAAUUGUUUUUUUUUAUAAUUUCGUAUUCUUAAAUUUGGUUUUUUAACAUAGUUUUUUAAAACAUUCGUUCUU